AUUGAAAUGUCGGAAGAUUUUAAGGGAAAAAGUUAUGAUCCAGAGAAGAAUACUGAUGAAGAUUCUGGUCCCGAGGAGACUGAAGAUAUUGAAGAGGAAGAUCUUGAUAAGCAAAUGGGUGAUGUUGACAAUGAAUUUGAAGAAAAAAUGGAAGAAAAGAACUGGGGAGACGAUUCAGAAGAUGAAAACGAAGACAUGAAAGAGACCGAAGAAACUGGCGGCGUUACUCAAGAUCAACAGUCCGAAAUGGCUGCCAAGGAGAGUGAUCUUGCAAAAGAUGAUAGUAAAAAUAAAAAGGAAAAGACGGAGGAAGAAUUGGGUGCAAAUAUGGAUGAUCAAGAGUGUGCCACUGCUCCGGAUCCAAUGAUAAAUCAACCCCCUCCUAAGGAUGCUGAUGUUCAUGAUUUGCCAGAAGAAAUGGAGAUUGUUGAUGAUGAUGGUGAUUACAAUGAAGAUGGUGAUGAAAACCCAGAAGAAAUGGACGAAUCUGUGGAAAAUGAAGAUAAUGUUUCAGAUGAUGAUGAUGAUGGUUCAAAAGAAGACUCGGAUGUUGAAAUAGAAGAACCUGAAAUGAAUGGAAAAGAAAUGAGUGAGAUAGAAGAAAUUGAAAUGAAUGAUAAUGGAAAGAAAGGUGAAACACAGAGCGUGGAGGAAGAUAAUGAAGAGGGAGAAGAUGAAAAUGAAAAAGAAAAUGGUGAUGACAUGCUCCCAACUCAAGGUCCAGAUUCAAAAGAAAAGUCCUUACCUGCACCAGAAGAAGUUGAACAUGGCUCAAAGGGAGCAGUCGAUCAGAAUGACAGGGUACAGAAUGGAUCAACAGAUGCUCAGGACUCCAAAGAACAGCAUAGAGAAGGGCAAGCUGAAGCUCAAAAUGCCGAAGAUGCUGGACAUGAAGGCAGAAAAUCUUCUUCCAUGACAUCCAAUCGAGAUAUCGAGGGACGUCAGCGCCCCAAACUGAAGCCUCCUUCAGAAAAUAGAAUCCUUGCUGAGGAUUCCAAUCCAGAGAGCAUGAAACAAAGACCUGUUCGCAACCAACGGAAUCUUGAAGAACAUUCCAAAUCUGAUCCUGACGGGAUGGUGGAAAUUUAUGAGCAUGUUUCUCGUGAAGAAGAUGGUUCCCACAAAGCAGUUGACACGGCAACAGAACAGCAAGCAGCCAAACGACCACCACGACAGCAGUCCCAUUACUCUGACGAUGAGGAGGUUAUUGAAAUUCUAUCAUCUGAUGAGGAAGAAGAACCUCCAAAAGCUACAGGUGACGUAGUUUGCCGAAAUCCCAAGGAUAAGGCUGGUAAAAGAGGUAAUGCUGACGAAACAGACGAGGUUAUGGAAGUUGACGAAGAUGACUGCCCCAUCAUUGUCACGCACCACAUCGCUCGUGGACCGGAUUCGACGAUCCACACGCGUUUUGACCUGUGGGCAUCUCGGUCGGCCAAUGAAACUGAGCACUGGCGGGAUCCACGAGAGAUGGAUUUGGCAAGUGGAGGAAGAGAGCUUUCCGCAUCCUCAGAUGAAGUGUGGCAUCAGAUGGAGGGACGACUGGCUUACUUACAACAAGAGCUGUUUGAGCAGUUGCGGCUUGUGCUCGAGCCGACGAAAAUGUCCAAAUUCAAAGGCGAUUACCGCACCGGGAAGCGUCUGAACAUGCGCAAGAUCAUUCCGUACAUUGCCAGCCAGUAUCGCAAAGACAAGAUUUGGCUGAGGCGCACCAAACCCAGCAAGCGAGAGUACCUGAUCAUGCUAGCCCUGGACGAUUCUUCCAGCAUGAAAGCCAACCAGUGCGGGCAGUUGUGCUAUGAGUCUGUGGCACUCCUCUCACAGGCCCUCACCCUCUUGGAGGCAGGAGAUCUGUGCAUGAUCAGUUAUGGCGAGACUGUGAAGCAGCUCCUCUCUUUCAGCGAGCAGUACUCCCCGAGUGUGGGUGCAAGAAUCUUAUCCGGCAUGUCUUUCCAACAGGAAAAGACCAACUUGGUCGAGAUGCUCAACUGGGCCACAGAGCUGAUGGCUCAGGCGAGGGCCGGAAAUCACUCCCUGAUGUCCCGAGAGACUGCUCAGCUCUUGAUCAUUCUCUCUGAUGGACAAGGCGUCAACAAUUACGGCGAUGUGGUGCAGAAAGCCAUCAGAAGAGCUCGAGACAACAACAUCUUCAUCAUUUACGUUAUUUUCGAUAAUCCCGAGAGCAAGAAAUCAAUUCUAGAUGUGCAGAGAAUAAUUAGUUGCGAUCCAUAUCAAGCUGAGCCCUAUAUGGAUUCCUUUCCUUUCCCAUUUUAUAUCAUCCUGAGGAACAUUUCAGAUUUGCCCAAAGUGUUGGGGGAAGCUCUUCGUCAGUGGUUCGAACUUGUUACAUCUGUGGAACGUUAAAUCUCAUUUGGCUCACUCAUUGGAGUAUUUCUAUUGAUUUCACUGUUUUUACCUAAUUCAUUAUAUCA